GAAAAAUAAAUUGCAGACAAUUUUUUUUCAUGGCUAAAUAUAUUAAGUAGUACAGUAUACUGCAACUUUUAGCUUAGAACAUCUUUUAAAAUAGCCAAUAUUUGUUAUUAUUGUCUUUUGAUUUUCGACAAGAAAAUCGCUUUUUUAUCUACCGAAUGAUGUGAUAAUUUUCAUUAAGUCCACCAAUGAGGAUCAUCUAAAUUGUCAUCAAAUGUCGAGGUUCGAACUUGGUUUUAGUCAUGUGAUCGACCCUGGUUCUCGAGAGUUCAGAGCUCGAGAGGAAUGAAGAGACAAAACGUUCGAACCUUAUCUCUGAUAGUGUGUACCUUCACAUACCUUUUAAUAGGGGCGGCCAUCUUUGACGCUCUCGAAUCUGAAAACGAGCAAGUGCAGAAGAAUACUUUAGACCACAUUGAAGGUUUGCUCAUAAAGAAAUAUAACAUAAGCAAGGAGGAUUAUCGUAUAUGGUCUACAGUAAUUAUCAAAGGAGUACCACAUAAGGCGGGAAUACAGUGGAAGUUUGCCGGAGCAUUUUAUUUUGCAACGACGGUGCUUACGACAAUUGGUUACGGUCACUCAACACCUGCUACUUGGGGUGGCAAAACGUUCUGCAUGUUCUAUGCACUAGCUGGCAUCCCUCUCGGUCUGGUGGUCUUCCAGAGCAUUGGUGAGCGUCUCAACACUUUUGCUGCCUUCCUCCUCAAGAAUCUGAAACGAGGACUGAGGAUGCGGAACACCGACGUUUCAGAGACGAACCUCAUCAUCCUCAUCUCCGUCCUAUCGACUAUUGUCAUGACCACGGGAGCAGCCGCCUUCUCCAAGUAUGAACUGUGGGAUUAUUUUGAUUCUUUUUACUACUGCUUCAUCACUCUGACCACAAUUGGUUUUGGUGACUAUGUUGCUCUUCAAAAAGAAAGCGCCUUGCAGAGUAAGCCAGAAUACGUAGCAUUUAGUUUGGUAUUCAUCCUAUUCGGUCUUUCUGUGGUAUCUGCCGGAAUGAACUUGCUGGUCUUGAGAUUCCUAACAAUGAACACUGAAGACGAACGGAGAGACGAAGCGGAAGCCCAGUGUGCUGCUCAAGAAGCCGUUCGUCUAGAAGGGGACGUCAUAACAGCGAACGGAAGUAUUAUUUCCGGAAUGGGACCAGAGGAUUCUAAUUCAGACGAUGAUGGAUCCCUUUGCACUUGCCAUGCUUGUUGUCCUGUUCGUCGCAGGAGAGAAAUGAACAUUGAAACUCCUUAUGGUCUUCGGAGUAGGUCAUUAAGUAGGUCGCCCCAUGGUAUGCCAAUGCACAUUAUCAGCCCUGCUGACACUAGAGACGAUAUUAUGGAUUCUUUGCGGUCCGACUCGGAUCUCUGCAUGGAAUUCCCAGACAUAAGAAAAAAGAGAUUGUCUAUAUGACAUAGACUAAUGCUUAACGAACUUUAACCAAUUUAUUAGAAGCAUUUGAAACUUUUCUGAAUAAGGACAAGUUGUUGAUUGGUUAUGAACUUCUGGAGUGAGAUCAGUUUCUUGAAAAAAGUAGCAAUCAAAGUGUAUGUGAAGUAAAGUAUAUACCGGUAUGAGUAAACGAAAAUUAAGUCUGAAAAUUUUUCAUAUUUUAUUAACUGCGAAAACCCAAUCCUAAUUAAUACCUACUAAAGGAAUACGUAGCUAGAAAAAAUAUAUUUUCAUAGUUUAAGAAAAUCAAAUUGAAGACCUUUGGGUCUUUAAACUAAAUAGCAUAGAUUUUUGCAAAAUCAUUUUUUCUUCUUUUGAAUACUUUACUGUCGCUAGAAUAGAUUCAAUGAUUUUUCAGUAUUCACGAGUUUGCAUUUCAAACUACGAUUCUAUCUAACCUGAAUAAAAAAAGGCUAAAAAUUAUCUUUACAUCUUUACUCGAUAAUGAAUUAUUCUAUAACGUGAUAUGUGCAACUAAAAAGGAACAAUACUUCUUUCUAAUUGCUACUAAGAAUUUCUUCAUAUUACCAUUUGUAAUAACUACAUUCAAAACAGACAUUCGACUACAGAACCUAUUUAUCUUAGUAUUCAGGUCAUUGAAAAUGUGAUCUUAAACUUUAAACUUUGAUGUUGGUUGAUCGGCAAGUGACUGUGUAUACAUUCAUUCCUCUGUCAGAUAUAAUGUGCUUGGCAACUUCAUCAUAAACAUACAAAGAGACUACAGAUUGGAACUACCGUCUUCAGAGCUUUCUUUUUAAUUUCAAAUUUAAGACUUUUACGCAAGAAGUAACAAUUUUAAUACUUGUAGAAGUUAUGAUAAUGUAAAUUUCUAUUAGUAAGUGAUAAGUUGUAAAGAAAGUAUACAUUUUUGUAUAAAUACCAUUUUUCAAUAAUUCCAAAAUAAAAAA